GAUAAUUGUGAAUCCCUGUCGAAGGGCAGGCAGACAACAAGACGAGUGUUACUGUGCGAGUGUGUGUACGCGCGGAAAUGGCGUCGACCGACAAACCAAUCGAAAUCAGCAGCGCGAAGAUGUUCGAUGGAUACAACAAGAGAUACAAACACUACAGCCAUACUUUGGGCUGCUCCAUGAAUUUCCAUAUCUACUUUCCCCCUAAUUCUUCCCCUUCCCACAAAUUCCCCGUACUUUACUGGCUUUCCGGGCUUACGUGCACCGACGAGAAUUUCAUCGCCAAAUCGGGUGCUCAACGUGUUGCUUCGAGUGAGGGUGUUGCUCUGAUCGUCCCAGAUACUUCUCCAAGGGGGUUGAAUGUUGAAGGAGAGUCCGACAGCUGGGAUUUUGGUGUAGGUGCUGGGUUUUAUCUGAACGCAACACAAGAAAAGUGGAAGAACUGGCGAAUGUACGACUACAUUGUGAAGGAACUGCCGGCGCUCGUUCACGAAAAUUUCCCACAGCUCGACACAACUCGAGCGUCUAUAUUUGGUCAUUCGAUGGGCGGACAUGGAGCGCUCGUAAUUUACCUUAAAAAUUUGGACAAAUACAAGUCGGUGUCGGCUUUUGCACCUAUUGUGAAUCCUACAAAUUGUCCGUGGGGCCACAAAGCUUUCACUAAUUACUUGGGCGAAAAUAAAUCUGCUUGGGAGGAAUAUGACGCCACGCUGCUUAUAUCGAAAUACAAUAAUCUUUCGGCAACUAUCCUCAUCGAUCAGGGAAGUGAUGAUAAAUUCUUGAGUGAGCAACUAAAACCGGAGAUAUUUGAGGAGGCUUGUCGAAAGGCUAAUGUUCCUCUGUUACUCAGAAUGCAAGCGGGUUACGAUCACUCGUACUUUACCAUUGCUACUUUCAUAGACGACCACAUUCGUCACCAUGCUCAAGCCCUUAAUCUAUAAUAAUAAUCUUAUUACCUAUGUAAUAAUUUUAUUUCCUAGGUUCGUGUGACGAAUUCAAUUUCGACUACUUUUGUACUGCAAACCCGUUACGUGUUCCGUUGUUUCUUCGGUUCUUGAAGCAUGUUUUGUGGCACAAUUUUUUAAUUUUUAUUUUAAUCUUUUUUCUUA